AAAAACAAUCCGCCGGGGAUAUAUAAGUGAUCUAGCGGGGUACACGAGAUGUGUAGUCAGUCCACAGUACUGACGAGAGAUCGCAAGUGCCUAGAGCAACAUGUUCAAACUGAUCCUUCUUCUCGCGACCGUCGCCUACGCGUCCGCCGGUGGUCUCUACUCCGGUUACGAUGGAAUCUACGGCUACGGCGGCUACGGCGGCUACAGCGGUUACGGCUACGGUAGCGGCUAUGGCAGCGGCUAUGGUAGCGGCUAUGGUUUAGGUCAUGGAGUAGCGGCGAUCGCACCUGCGGUCACAUACGCGCACGCUCCAGUUGCAACGAGUUACGCCAAUACGUACAAGGUCGCGGUUGCUCCAACUGUCACUAAGCUUGCCGUUGCACCUGCCAUCACCAAAUUAGCGUACGCCGCACCUACAAUCACAAAGGUGGCUUACGCUCCAACUUACGCAUCACCAGCGGUGAGCUACGGUCAUUACGGAUACACGGUUCCACCAUCGGUCACCUAUCUGCAAAAUAAUCUUGGAUACGGUCAUGGUCUUGGAUAUGGUCUUGGAUAUGGUCUUGGUUACGGUUCUGGACUCGGUUAUGGCCAUGGUUACGGAUACGGUGGAUACUACCAUUGAUAUUAAGACUAUCGAAGCAAAGUCUUCGAGAGUAAUCUUGGUCGACAGGUGAUGGCUGGCAUCACAGCUGGCUUAUCGCCGCAAACUUUAUCAUCGGCUAUGUAUACAACGUUUACAAUAUACGUUUUCAUCUUUUA